AUGGCUGACAGAUAUUCGUUUUCUUUAACGACGUUUUCCCCAAGUGGUAAAUUAGGACAAAUUGAUUAUGCUUUAGCGGCUGUCAAGCAAGGUGUUACUUCGUUGGGUAUAAAAUCGACCAAUGGUAUUGUGAUUGCCACUGAAAAGAAGUCUUCAUCAAGUUUGGCAUUACCAGAUACCGUAUCCAAAGUUUCGCUCAUAACACCCGACAUUGGUGCAGUAUAUUCUGGUAUGGGGCCAGAUUUCAGAGUCUUGGUGGAUAAGGCAAGAAAAGUAGCACAUACGAAUUAUAAGAGAAUUUAUGGGGAAUACCCUCCAACUAAGAUAUUAGUCUCUGAAGUAGCUAAGAUUAUGCAAGAGGCAACUCAAUCAGGUGGUGUCAGACCGUUUGGUGUUUCUGUACUGGUAGCAGGACACGACGAACAUAAUGGGUUCGGUCUUUAUCAAGUGGAUCCAUCUGGUGCAUAUUUCCCAUGGAAGGCAACUGCCAUUGGCAAAGGCUCGUCUGCUGCUAAGACAUUUUUAGAGAAGAGAUGGAAUGAAGAAUUAGAACUUGAAGAUGCUAUACACAUUGCUCUUUUAACAUUGAAGGAAUCAGUGGAAGGAGAAUUUAAUGGAGACACUAUCGAACUUGCUAUUGUAGGAGACAUAAAUCAAGAAUUGUUGGGUUAUCAAGGUGAACCUCGUGCAAAGGGCCCAAGAUUCAGAAAAUUGACUUCACAGGAGAUUACCGAUCGAUUGGACGCUUUAUAA